CAAGCAGAAGAAGCCAUUCCGGGUGAGAAAAACAAGACAGAAACAUAACAGUAGUGAUAAUGGCAGCAGAGGAGGGGUUGAAGGUGGUGGGAUUUUGGGUGAGUCCAUUUGUACUGAGAGUGAAAUGGGCACUUAGAAUGAAAGGCCUUGAGUAUGAAUAUAUAGAAGAAGACAUCUUCAACAAGACUCCUUUGCUUUCCCAGCUGAACCCAGUUCAUGCAAAGGUCCCUGUCUUAGUUCAUAAUGGGAAGCCAUUGCCUGAGUCGCUGCUCAUCCUCGAGUACAUCGAUGAGACAUGGAAGCAUAACCCUUUGUUGCCUGCAGAUCCAUAUGAACGUGCCAGGGCUCGGUUCUGGGCUGGAUUUGCCGAGUUUAAGAUUCUGGACCCAGCAUGGGAAGCACUGUGUUCCAAAGGGAAACAGCAAGAAAGUGCAGUAAACUCAGCCAUGGAAGCCAUGGAGAAGCUGGAAGCUGAGCUUAAUGGGAAGCAGUUCUUUGGAGGGGAGAAGAUUGGGUAUUUGGACCUUGUGGUAGGAUGGGUUGCCCACAAUCUCCCCAUUUUUGAGGAAGUUGCAUCACUGAAAAUCUUUGAUUCUCAGAAAUUUCCUGCCAUUGCUGAAUGGAAGAACAGGUUUCUGAAUCACCCUGUCAUCAAAGCUGACUUGCCAGACACAGAGAAAGCCUAUGCUUAUUUUGACAAACGAAGCAAAGAGUUGGCUGCUUCCUUCUAUUCAGCCAACUAGGGGCGGCUGUUAGCCUGUUAUUUGGAUUGCCCUAAAUAAAAUUUGAAUGUUAUUUUAUUUCAA